GAGAAAGAGAAAGAAAAGGAGAGAGAGAGAGAGAGAGAGAGAGAGAGAGAGAGAGAGAGAGAGAGAGAGAAGAUGAGAAGAGAGAGGUAUCUACAAGAUUCAAAAACCCUAAAGGUAUCUUGUGCUGCUCUGUAA